UGGCUUCUGCAACUAGCCAAGUAGCCAACUGAUCUUCUCUUCUCGUAAAAACCCCAAAAAUGGCGGCACUAUUAAUCUCUCACUGCACCAAAAUCUUACGACUGAAGCCUUUUCAUCACACCAUUCAAUUCUUCCGAACAUCAGCAGCUGCUGUCGAUGCUAAAGAGACUGGUCUUUAUGGUUUCCCCCAUUUGAAAACUCCCAAGGGUUUCCAACGUUUCGUCGAUGAUGCAAUCGAACGGUCAGGAGAAGUCGUUAAUUACAUUUCUACUGUGCCUCCUUCCGCUGAAAUCAUUCGGGCUAUGGAUGAAAUUUCAGAUACUGUUUGUUCAGUGGUGGAUUCAGCUGAGUUGUGUAGACAUACUCAUCCUGACAGGGAAUUUGUGGAGCAGGCUAAUAUUGCAUCCAUGAGAAUGGAUGAAUAUCUACAUUAUUUGAAUACGAAUCACAACCUAUAUAAUGCUGUGAUGAAAGCUGAGCUAGAAGGCAGCAUCCUCAACAAAGAAACACAAAGGGCAGCUCAUUAUCUACGUGUUGACUUUGAGAAGGGAGGCAUCCAUCUUAGUGGUGAAAAAUUAGAACGAGUUAAUCAGCUUAAUGUGGAUAUUGCUCAACUAUGCCGCAAGUUCAAUGCAAACAUUGUGGAGGACCCUGGUUAUAUAGACAUAUACCCUGCUAUUCGUAUUCCAAAACGGUUGCACCAUCUAGGGAAGCCUAUAUAUCGUCCUGCUGGAUCAUCAAAAGUAGGGUUGGACAUGAAAGAAAAGGGAUAUCGCAUUGCUACAGAUCCAGUAUCUCUAACUUCUAUUCUACAGUGGGUGUCAGAUGCAGAGGUGCGGAAACUUGCAUAUAUCCAAGGAAAUUCUGUACCUCAUGCAAAUCUUGAUGUACUCGACAAGCUUAUAGCUGCUCGCCAUGAACUGGCACAGAUAAUGGGCUACAAGUCCUAUGCUGAAUUUGCAGCAUGCCCAAACAUGGCGUCAUCAGCGGAUGUUGUGAUGUCCUUUCUGCUUGAGUUGAGCAGCAUGGUCAAGCCCAAAGCUGAUGAGGAAUAUGAGAGACUCAGGGAUUACAAGCGAGCAAAGACAAGUCAAAUGUUCGAGGACCUGGAGCCUUGGGACGAGACAUACUUUUCUGCAAUGAUGAAGGCUUCCAACUUUGACUUGGAUUCUUCAGUAAUUGCUUCCUACUUUCCUCUGUUACAAUGUAUUGAAGGUUUGAAGUUGCUGGUGGAGUCAUUGUUUGGUGCAACAUUUCAUAAUAUCCCUCUUGCUCCAGGUGAAUCAUGGCACUCGGAUGUUCUUAAAAUGUCACUUCAUCAUCCUGAAGAGGGUGAUUUGGGAUACUUGUACCUCGACUUGUAUUCAAGAAAAGACAAGUAUCCUGGUUGUGCUCACUUUGCAAUUAAAGGGGGACGUCGCAUUUCAGAAGUAGAAUACCAACUUCCGGUUGUUGCCCUCAUCUGUAAUUUCUCCAAUUCCAAUGAUCCAGCAACAGUGAGGCUUAACCAUGGAGAAGUAGAAACACUGUUCCAUGAGUUUGGACAUGCUCUACACUCGCUCUUGUCAAGAACUGAAUACCAACAUUUUUCGGGAACCAGAGUGGCACUGGAUCUUGCUGAAACUCCUUCAAAUCUUUUUGAGUACUAUGCUUGGGAUUACCGAGUUCUCAAGACAUUUGCUAAACACUAUUCAACCGGGGAAAUCAUACCUAAAAAAUUGGUGGACUCAAUGCAAGGUGCCAAAAUGAUGUUUGCUGCUACUGAAUUGCAGCGGCAGAUUUUUUAUGCGCUAAUUGAUCAAAAGCUUUUUGGGGAACAAAGUUUACCUCCAAGAGAUACCAUUUCAAUUGUUGGAGAUCUGAAAAGACGAUAUACAAGUUACAAGCAAGUUGAAGGAACACACUGGCACACCCGGUUCAGUCACUUGCUGAAUUAUGGUGGAGGCUACUACAGCUAUUUGUAUGCCAAGUGUCUUGCUGCAACCAUAUGGAAAAAUGUUUGUGAAGAGGAUCCCCUCUCACUAGAAACUGGGGCUGCCCUUCGAACAAGGUUUUUACAACACGGGGGUGCUGUAGAGCCAGUUGAAUUAUUGAAUGAUUUAAUUGGAAGCGACAGUAUUAGAUAUUCCAAUGGAGGCGUUAUCCCUGAUAUAAGAGCACUAUCUGAAGAGAUGAAGCUAAUCUGAAUUGUGAGGGGAGGGUGAGAAUAGGGUUUCGGUGUUUGGAUGUGAUUCUCCUUCCAUGAGAUCCGGGGUGAAUGACCAUUCUUUUGAGAAGCUGCAAUGUGUAAGGUUGUUUUGAGUUGUGACCAUGUUUCCCAAAGAAGCAUUCAAGGCUUCAAGCUAAGGCCCUUUGUCCUAACAAGGGGAAAAAUAAUCCACCCUGGCCAUUUCAGGGGCCAAGGCUUGGGGCUUUAUUCUGGCUGCAAGUGUGCAACUAUGAAGUUAUAGCAGUGUUAUCGACCAAAUUACUGCUAACGUAUUUAUAUUAUAAGGAUGUUCUCCAAGUGACGUAAGGAAUCUUUCAUGAGAGCAAGUCCAGUCAUCUGCAUAAAAGAUCUGUCAGGGGUCUGCAGAAGGCUUUGCCAAAGCAAAUUAUUCAUUGUAUUCUAAUAUUUCAAGCCAAAAUCAUUAAUACAUGUUUAUGGCUUAAGAUAUGAAUAAGUUGUGUAUUAGAUUUAUAAGUUGAUUGUCAAGAAAAAUGCAUGCAUUAGGUAAGACUUGGAUAGUUAAAUCAUUUCUGCAACACUUUUGUAAAUUAUAGCUUUUUGUCUCUUAAUGACAAUAUUUGGUCUCAUUUUCUGAGCAAAAUUUGGAAAUUAUAGCUCAGAAGACUUUUAUCUA